AUGUCUCAAGACGAAGACCAUGGUUCGCUAGGACAAUUCAGGCAACGUCGCUUGCUUCACGGCGAAAUCACGUCCUCUUUUGCAAAGCAGCAAGACGCCAAUAUUCCCCAAGAACUCAUAUAUCAAGACGAGAAGAUUCGAUAUUUUGCGCAUUUGUAUCGAAAUCGGCAUCUAAUCGAGGUGAUUGUAGCACGAAAUCUUGGCCUGGCUUCGGGUACUUCGUGCCAUCUUGCUGAAGUAGAGGACUGGAUAGAUGGCAGCUUCAACGUCUGCAUCCGCGUCGAUGUUGAUGAAAGAGACCAAACAUUGGAGCAACAAGUCAUGGUUCGAUUCCCUUUGCCAUACCGCGUUGAUGAGGAGACCUGUCCCGGUAAUUGGGAUGAGAAUAUCCGCUGUAAAACCGGUAGAUAUGCAUGGCUCCAAGAAAACUGUCCAGAAAAUCCAAUUCCGCGCCUUUAUGUUUUUGGAUUUUCGAAUAGAAAAACUGUACGAAUUUUUUCCGCUGUGCUUUUCGUUGCAGUUUACACUUCUCGAGAAUAUGCCUCUUUUUGCCCGUUGAAUCCAUUAGGUUACCUAUGCUCCUCAUUCUAUGUAUCACAUAGAAUUGAUGAGGCAGAGUCUCUAGGGAUGGGCUAUAUCCUGAUUGAAUACAUCAAACCAUCGCAAGGCAGAAUGCUUUCGGAUACGUGGGAAGAUGGACGUCUCAAUUCCAAUUUACGUGCAAAUUUGUUCCGCUCUCUCUCACAUAUCACGAUCACAUUGGCACAGAUUCCGCUGCCAAGGAUAGACUCUUGUGUUGGAUAA